CAAUGGCGUUUGUAGUCUCCUUGAGAUAGGGCUGUGGAUGUUAUUAAAUCCACUAGCAUCGCCCUAAAUAUAGGCCUGGUUGAUUCCCAGAGCCAUUGAUAAUAAACUGGAACAUUUACUGCACACUAAUAUACUAUAAUUUCUGAUCAAUACUUAAAUCUAUAGCAGAUAAAAUUGAUAUUAAAGGGAACAUGUAAACAGUACCAACCGGGUAAAGUUUUCAUUCUGUUCGAGAAACGAGCGUCUUUUAAUGACGGCCAUUGCUUGUUUCUGAACUCAAAAACCGUAAUUCUGUGGAAUAAAUACACCUUCACAAAACUUGGCACCGGACAAGGACAGCUUUAACAAAGGGAUUUUUUUCUUUUUUACGAAACGGUACGCUAGCCGCUCAGCAUUAGCAAGCGGGCUAGCUAGAUAGAAACGGAGACGAGACCACAAUGCUCCGAUAUGCGGACUGGAUUUUUCCCAUUGACUAAAUUGAACCCACAGACUUGAUAACGUUGGAUAACUGCCUCGGCCUUUUUUUCCUGUUUUGGCAAACUAUGUUGGCGACAUCGUUGGAGUGAAAUGGCGUAAGGACUAAACGUGUGCGGCCUGGUUUGUUUGUUUGUUUAUUCUAUCGUCCCUUCUUUGCUUGUUUGUGACACUUGGUAUUUUGCAACACUGUUCUCCCGUGAAUGAGUCGCCUGGGCCAUCGAGGCCCAAGCUCAGGAGAGGUACCGUCGCCGACGUGAGGAAUGCCUGGGUCGGACCGACAUCAUGGGACCAAGAGGAAGACGGAAUCGAGCAUCGGCAUUGCCGUGCAGCCUCAAACAAGUAGCGGCAACAGUGGUGGGGUGCAGCAGACCCAGGCGCCGCUUCAUAAGCUUGUUGGAAACAUGACGAGCAAGGACGGUAAGGUUCAAUUGAAAUCGCCGAUGUCGUCUUCCUCUUCCUCUUCCAAACGCAAACGGCAGAAAUCAAACAAACAUGGUCGCGAAGCCGCGGCUACACGGGGCCUUGAAGUUUCUACCGUUGGCGAUACGGCGCCUCCUGCCGUCAACACGGUGAAGCCACUGGUGGAGUAUGAUGACAUUAGCUCCGAUUCGGACACCUUUUCGGACCCACCCUCUUCAAAACCCUCAGAUCGAGGAACCAGAGACCGGUUAGAGCCGUCCGCGGAGUACGACAAGGAGGACGUUGGCGGCGCCUCCGGGGCCAGGGAGAACAAGGGCCACAGACAUUCACGAAAAAAAUCCAAGGAUCCCAAUAAAGUUCGAGCCGAUGGAGACCACGGUUUUAAGAAGAAGAGCAGCAAGGACCGUGAGAAAGGAAGUGCCGGGAAGGUCAAGGAGAAGGUUGCCUCUGUGGCGCCCUCAGUGGCCUCUUCAUCCAGGCGCCUGGAUCAGCCAGAGGUGGACCCUGUGUCCAAGCGUGGGGAGGUGAUGUUGUCUUCCCCGGUACAGCCCACAGCCAGUGUAGGUAGCACCACGUCCUCCACCUCUUCUUCUCGCAGCAAAGAGAGCAGCCGCUCAGGAAAGUCGCGCAAGGACAGGCAACAACGGAGAGAGAGCCGUGGGGAGGGCAACCGCAGCUCCUCUCAAAGGAGCCGGACAGACAGGGCCCACCGCAAGUCCUCAAAGAGCCACAAGUCCAGCCCAAAGGGCAAAUCCUCCGAUAGGGGCAGCCCCCGGCGCAAGGGCACCAGUUCUGCUCUGUCCCCCAGCCCCAGAAGGGGAGCUGGGAGUGACAGUCCGGGGGGCAGCGGUUAUGGGCAGCAAGGGGAGGACAACUACCACAGACGCAGGGUGGCCCAACAGAGCCCCAGCCCGUACCGCAGCAGGCAGAGGUCUGACAGCCCCUACGGCAGCAGACACAGGUCCUCCAGCUAUGAGCGGGACAGCAGCCCCUACGCGCGGAGACGCUCCAUCAGCCCCUAUGGUACCCGCAGGUCCUCCAGCACGAGCCCCAUGUCACGACGCUCAGGCCGCUCCAGAAGUCGCUCCCCUCCACUGUACUCCUCGCAUCGUUCUUCCUCUCGCUCUCGUAGCAAGAGGCACACCUCUUCUGGGGGUGCAGGGGGUGGUUCUCACAGCAGCCGACCAGCCAGCCGUUCCCCUCCCUCUUCCUCAUCCUCUCGUCUGCCACUAAACUCCAGCCUUGGUGCGGAGCUCAGCCGUAAGAAAAAAGAACGGCAGGCCGCCGCCGCCGCUGCCGCUGCUGCUGCUUCCCCGCCUCCAUCGGCGAGAAAGACCGCUGUCCCCACCUCACGGCCCAUGAAAACUCAGGCUCCGCAGCCAGAGAGAGACUCGGUGGUAUUAGCUGAAUCGCAGCCGCUGCCCUCUGUGAAUUUACCCCAGGACACUCCUGUUGGUGACAACCAGGGUGCUGCACCACCACAACCACCACUACCAUCCUCCUCCUCUCCAGCCCCCCUUCCGCCACAGCCCUCUCCCCCCUUGCCGCCAGGCCCGAUUGCCCAGGCCCCACCGUUGCCAGCUCAUUCGGAAGCCAGUAACCAGUCUGCCACAGGCCUCUCAGCUGCAUGCCAGCCUAAAUCUCCUGCUGCUCUUCCUACGCGCAGCCCCAUCCGCCAGACCCCACUCCAUAAGACCUCCACUCUACCCCCUCUGCCUCUACCACCCAUGCUGCUGGGAGAUGCACAGGACAGUCCAAAGAAGUCUACCACUCCUCAGAGGUCACACAGGAAGGAGAAGGAAGUACGUAGUCGGCCCUCACUGAUUGACCUGCCCUUGCCCCCCACCCUGACCGGAGGCGACGCCUCGCCCCCGCAGCCCCUCAUUUGCCAGCCUCCACCGCUACCCCAGACAGUCCUUAAAAAGAGACCAAAGUUUUGCUGCCCGCGCUAUGGCGAGCGCAAACAGACCCAGAGUGAUUGGGGCAAACGCUGUGUAGAUAAAUUUGACAUAAUAGGUAUUAUAGGAGAGGGCACCUAUGGACAGGUGUACAAGGCCAAGGACAAAGACACUGGUGAGCUGGUGGCUCUGAAGAAGGUGAGGCUGGACAAUGAGAAAGAGGGCUUCCCCAUCACAGCCAUUAGAGAGAUCAAAAUCCUACGACAGCUGAACCACCGCAGUGUGGUCAACAUGAAAGAGAUUGUCACUGACAAGCAGGAUGCACUUGACUUCAAGAAAGACAAAGGUGCAUUUUACCUGGUGUUUGAAUACAUGGACCAUGACCUGAUGGGCCUGCUGGAGUCAGGCCUAGUCCAGUUCUCCCAUGAGCACAUCCGCAGCUUCAUGCGUCAGCUGAUGGAAGGCCUAGAUUAUUGCCACAAGAAGAAUUUCCUGCACAGAGACAUCAAAUGCUCCAACAUACUGCUCAACAACAGUGGUCAGAUUAAACUGGCUGACUUUGGUUUGGCUCGGCUGUACAAUUCAGAGGAAAGUCGGCCAUACACUAAUAAAGUAAUCACUCUAUGGUACCGCCCCCCUGAGCUGCUGUUGGGAGAAGAGAGGUACUUUCCAGCCAUUGAUGUAUGGAGUUGUGGGUGCAUUCUGGGAGAGCUCUUCACCAAGAAACCCAUCUUCCAGGCCAACCAGGAGCUGCUGCAGUUGGAGCUCAUCAGCCGUCUUUGCGGCAGCCCCUGUCCAGCGGUUUGGCCUGAUGUGAUCAAGCUUCCCCUCUUCAACACCAUGAAACCCAAGAAGCAGUACCGACGGCGACUACGGGAGGAGUUUGCCUUUUUGCCUGGUCAUGCCCUGGACUUGCUGGACCGCAUGUUGACCCUUGACCCCGCUCGGCGAUGCACAUCAGAACAGGCCCUCAAUAGUGAUUUCCUACGUGAUGUGGAGCCCAGCAAGAUGCCCCCUCCUGAUCUCCCACAUCAUCAGGACUGUCAUGAGCUAUGGAGCAAGAAGAGACGGCGUGCGCGUCAGAGUGGGCUACCUGAGGAUGUGCCUGUGCCCAAAGUGCCCCGUAAGGACCCAACAGGACCUGCUAGUGGGGAGAACAGCAGGCUGCAAGCCAGCCCUGCUGGAGCCCCACCCCCACCGACAGGAAGGCCGCCUUCUGCAGCUGUUGCAGCCAAUGAGCUGUCAGGUCUGGGAGCCGCAGCAGAACAGUUGAAUCAAACAGAGAUGGCUGUGCUGUUGAACCUGCUGCAGAGACAGACUGACCUUAACCUGCCCCAGGUGGCCCAGCUCCUCAAUCUCUCCAAUCCAGAGAGCCUUAGCCAGUCACUGUCCGCCCUCAUCGAGGCCUCCCAAAAUCAGGAGAUACCGGAGGAUCAGGCCCUGUGUGCCACCAGGUCCCAGCCUCCAGAGCCGCCUCCUGAACCCCAGGAGAUUUCCCCAGUGUCUGGAGAGGCAGCCCUCAGUCAGGAAGAUCAGGCCAGCCUGCUGGCCAUCAUAUUGGGCCAUAUCAUCAAGCCACAGGCCGAGGGGGUGGAGCAAGGCGAUGAGAGCAAUGGCGUCCAGUCAGAGGAGGCGGUAACGCGGGGUACAUCUGCCUCCACUGCAGACCGCAAGGAUUGUGCAGUGCCAAAGCGGAAACCAGUAGUGGCAAGCCAGGUUCCUUCAUCUGCUGACCAGCGUCCACCCUCUCCACCCGGGCCACCUCCGUCUACACUACUUCUGGGUCACGGCCAGCCGGCCAGUUCCGAGGCCCAACCCAGCCAGGACUUCAGUCCCGCAGUGGCAGCCGCAUUGCUUCAGCUCAUCUCUCAGCAGGACUCGGAGACCGGGGCGCCUCAGUGCAGCGAAGAGCCCUCUCCUGCCGUGGACACCCCGGCCCGGGGACAGCCCCCUCCCUCCUGGGUGGCGGGCUCUCCUUCGAAGCCCUCCACUGCAGCCGAGGCCCCAGCGGGACUGGUGACUGCUGCUCCAGCUACUGUGGUACAAUUCCCCAAGGACCAGGACCUCCGCUUUGCCCACGGAGCUGCUCGCUGACCCCCGAAAUUCCCACCUCACCCCCUAGAGAGGCAGACUGGGUGUCACAGGGACACUACUCCAGCAAGCCUCGCCGACAGCAAAACAGAGGGAUAAAUGAACGAAGAAGAAGGGGGACACCCACAUAUCAGGACUCGAUAAGUGGGAAAAAUCCCAGCAAAUAGUAGUAUGUUAAAGUGGAAUGAGAGAUUUUAAAAAGCAGCGUGAGGAAGUUUAUUGAGAGCUAAAGAAAGAGGCCAGGAGCUUUCUGAAGAAUAGUACUGAACGUCACUUUCCUCUGGGAAAACUUACCAGGAGUCUUUGUGAGAGUUUUGGACUUGGGGCAGGGCAGAUCUUAAACAUCUCAGUAAUGGCAAGCCCCCUCCUCUACUCUUCCUCCAUGCACUGAUGAUCCUGAAGAAAACUGAAGUCGUUUCACAUGUGAGUGCCACACUACAAAAUGCGAUCAGCUGUAAUGUAGAUGUAUUGUUUUCUUUUAAAACUGAAUGAUUGUCAUGUCUACUGCAGUACCCACUGAUGACAAGGCCAUCAGUGUGUGUGGAAGAACCUGAUCAAAUCAUUGUCCUCCACCUGGGCAUAAGUAAUUGUUUAUUUUAAGGUGGUGUCUGGUAGUUGGGAGGCAAAACGAUUAAUGCAAUGGUAUUAUGUAUGGGUAAGACAUGAGGCAUUGAGGGCACAAAUAAAAAACACUGGAGGACAGAAUUAAUUUUCUGUGGAAUUUUACAUGCUGGCUAGCUCCCCAAUUUGCAAACCCUGUGCCUCUUUAGUGACCUUUGCGACCCCUGAAUGAUCAUGCCCUACCUGAGGAUGUGUUGGUCAAGUUUCCUGCUCUGGAUGGCACAUGAGACAGAUGUGCACAUCAGGAUGGAGGCUGUUCUUUUGUCUUAAGCCAAAGGCUGUUAUGAUUAUAAAACUAUCGUCGACCCAACUGUCUCUUGCACAUGUGUGCAUCCAGCCUACCAGUUCAUGCUGUUUAUUUUCUUUCACUUAGGAUGAACUUUCUAAUCACUAACAAAUCUCAGCCUGUAUCCUUCAUGUUCCCUCAAAUAUGGAUCAACUAACCAUGUCAUGACGGACUGCUCCACACUAUUCUGCUAGUCACAGCUUAAAGCUAGAUACACACACACACAUACACACACACACACACACACACACACACACAGACAUAGACAUAGACCUCUCCUGGUGGGCUUCUAUAACCUGGUUUGAUACGUCUGCCCUUUGCCUCCCAGCCAAACUGCUGCAAAAACUUUUGUUUGAUUAUUUUCUACAUAUAGAACGAUGGAUAAAACAGUGGUCCGUGGCUAUAUUUCCAUUAUUGCUUUGGGAAAGAAUACGAUGAAGAAACGUGGUCGAGUUUCAUGUGACUGUACAAAAAGAUAUUUUGUAAUAUGUGUUUUCUUGCCUCGGUUUAAUAAAGGAAGUCAUGG